AUGAAGUGUGGGCAAACUGAGCCAAGUGCUGCUGAAUGUCCUUUAGUAGGUUGCAGUCAGUCGGGUGGGGACCAACCAUGUUUGGUAACAGUCAGUGUCUUUAGUACUUAUCUAGCACUGUUCAGUGUCUCCCCAAAGCUUUCCAAAUACCUUCCUCAGACCCUAGCACAGUCAGUAAUUAGUGGCUAUAAUGUGAAGUAG